UGUUCUACCUUGUUUCAUGUUUACAUCACCACAUGGUAAGGGGGGAAAGCAGGACAAAAUGAAGCUUUUAACUCAUAAUAUGCUGACUUCCAACAUAAUCAAAACUGUGACGAAUGGAUAUCCAUUGAAAAUUGUACCCACACAAGUUGAGGUGAAAACAGUUGACUUCAACCCAGAAUUUAUUUCACGAAUGCUGCCUAAAAUUGAUUGGCCAGCACUAUGCCAGGCAGCACAAUCAGUUGGCCAUGGGGAAGGAUUACCAGAGGCACUUACAGAGAAAUACGAAGAAGAUGAGAUGUUACUUAAGAAAGUACACCAUGUCUUGAUGCAGGUUGAGGUGUUAGAAGGAAACCUAGUAUGUCCCGAAACUGGCCGACAGUUCCCCAUCAGUUCUGGAAUACCAAACAUGUUACUGAAUGAGGAUGAAGUAUGAAUGGCUCAAAUGAAAAAUGGUUACUGACACUAGAAUCAAAGUACAUGCAUAUAUAUAUGCAAUUCUGAAGUAUUUAAGUUUGGUGUUUCCUUUGGACUGAGUGAAUCUCACACCUAGAUUGCCUACAACCAGGUCUAGAAACUAAUUUUGAAAAACACUUGUCAGCCAGGUUGUAGUUUCCAAUUUUACUAGUCCAUGUGUUAUACUCAUCCAAAAUUAUUUAACAAGAUAAGCAAUAUCAAACUUUGACUACAUAAUCUGGCUAGCUGUUUUUUGGAACCACUAGUCCAGCUUUAAAUUUCGUUAGUUAGACUGGCGAGCUACCCUAAUUAUCUAGCCCUAUUAACAAAUUGACCAAGUCAAUUUUCUGUAUUGAAAUAGUCAAAUAUGUUUGAAAUAAGUUAAUGUGUGGUUAUAAUUGAAAUUAUAACAAAUGUCUAAUGAGUUGAUGGUAACAUAGGGGAUUUCAUGUACAAAAUUUAUUAAAAGCCAUAGGAGACAAUUAUACAGCAAAGUAUAAUUUUUGGGAUGAAUAAAUAUACAUUAAUGUUGAUAAAUAAAAACAACAAUUGAAGUAAAAAAAAUUCACAGUUACAUUGUAUAAAAAAUUGUGAACUUAGAAAAUGAUUCAGUCACUGUAAAAUCUAAAUAUUCAGAAAUAAAAUGAGGAAAUUCUGAAAUGUUUCAAUGUUUAAUGUGAGUAUACUUGUUGAUUUGUUGAAAGUGAGUGUGUAUGUGAUGAAUGUAAAUAAACUUGUGAAAUAAAACAGACUGACCACCC